ACAUAAUAAUAAAUUAAUAUACAAUUCUUUUUUUUCUCUCUCUCUCUCCUUAAUUUUCAAGUUUCCAUGUAAACAUGCUUUUUACUUUUAAAAUUGAUAGAAACAUAAGUAAAAUUCUAGGUGGUUAUUUUUUUUUUUAUUUUAUUAGAUUACUCUUGGUAACCACUGGUAACUGUUACACAGUUGAACAGAGUACCUGUGAAUGUGUAAAUGGGAUGGACAAAUGUCACCAUAAAGCCAGCAUUCUUCUCUAUGGGUUACAAAAAUGUCAGCAAAACUGAUGUACGCCAGAGUUGGAUUAAGCAUCCAAAGAGUGUGCCACCUCGUCAAACUAAGACGAUGGAAGAACUUUUUCCUGCACCUGACAGGUUUAUUAAUUACAGCAAUGCAUUGGAUACUAUCCCCCGAGCCACCUGUGCCCACACUUAAAGUGCCUCUAGUUGAAGACCUCAUCUCUAGCCAGGAAUUUAUUUCUGCAGAGAAUCCAAUCGCUUGGAUGAAGCAAAAAUUAAUGAUAAAUGAGCAAGAAAUCCAACAGAUUGCCUGUCUUACCACUGGUCAAAAGGAAAAUUGCAUGUGGUCAUCUGUUAGGAAGAAUAGAUUAACAGCUUCAAACUUUGGUUGUGUUUUGGCAGCGAUCAAGAGAAAUAGAUAUCCUGUCUCCUUAUACAAAAGAUUAUGCUCAGCGUAUGAUCUGUCAAAGAAGGAUGCCAUUAUUUGGGGGACGUGCAAUGAAAAAGUCGCAAUUGAAAAGUAUAGAACUUUUGGGGAUGCAGUUGUAGAGCCAACAGGUAUCUGGCUACACUGUAAUGGGGUUCUUGGGUCAAGCCCCGAUGGACUCAUUCGUCGUCCUGCUGCAUUUGGAUUCAGCUAUCAGAAUUCAGGACUCGCUGACAUAUUAGAGAUGUCAAACGUUAAGCCAGAAAUACUGGAGGUGAAAUGCCCCUUUUCAGCAAAGAAUAUGACAAUUCCAGAAGCUAUUGAAAAAGUACAUGAUUUUUGCCUAGAGGUUCAGGAUUUUAAUGGAGUCAAGUCCUUCAAGCUACGAGAGAACCACCAAUACUAUGAUCAAGUGCAAGGACAGCUUCAUAUAACUGGGAAAUCCUUGUGUGAUUUUAUGGUCUGGACACCAAAAGACUGCGAUUGUGAGAAUUAACAAAGACAUCAAUUGGGAGAUCAACAUAUCUGUUUUGACAGACUUUUAUUUCUGUAAAUUUCUCCCGUAUUUACAACAGCUAUAAGAUAUAACAUUAAACAUGGUGAAAAAAUUUUAAUUUUAAUAUCUU